UCCCAUUCCCAGUUCCCAUUCCCGGUUCCCAUUAACCCUUUCCCACCCGCAGCUCUCUGGCUCCGCUCCCUCCUCCACGACUACUCCUCCUCCCUGCAGGACGCCGCCUCCGCCGCCCGCCGCCGCCCCGCUCUCACCGCCGCCUCUCUGACCGCCCUGGCUCUCGCUACCGGCCUGGCACGCUCGGUACCGGACCGGAGCUCCCUGGAGGCGGCGGCGGUGGCGGCGGGGGCGGCUCUGGGGCAGCUCCCGCCGGGUUCCCGCAGCCCCCGCGCCGAGCGCCACGUCCAGCGCCUGCUGCGGCUCCGGGAGCGCGGCCGCCUCCGCGUCCGCUCCUUCGGCAUCAUCGCCGUGGCCGGUACCGACCCGCACGGCGAGGAGCCCGCCCUGUACCGGGCGCGCUGCCCGCACCUCCGGCGGCGCGGCGAGCUGCUGGAUUUGGGGUUUUUGGGGCGCUGGUGGAUGCUGGAGGCGGCGCUGCGGGACAGCGACAUCAACGAGGAGGAGUUCGGGCACCUGGCGGAGCCGCUGCGCACGCUGCGCCCGCGGGAGCUGCGCUCGGAGCGCAACGAGCGCCUGCACCGGGAGGGGA